AUGGGGGUGGGGGUUUGCUUCGGGAGGCCCCGCCCUCGGCUGCGCCUCUUAUUGGAGGAGAGGAGCACCCAGCUGUCAGUCAAGGCAGCAGCCCUACAAAUAGGGCCAAGGGUGCGGGGGAACGGAGAGAAGAAGGGGGCUGAACAGAGAACCAGCCACGCCACGCUGCGCUGCCAGCCGCUUUUAUUGGAAGGCAGAAUCCCCGGAGCCGAGCGGAUCCCCGCACUCACAGUUGUGCCAAAGACGAGCGCCAUGAGGGGCUGUACGGUCCUGGCGGUCCUGUCCUUUCUGAUGCUGGUCAGGUCGUGUCACUCCAAUUGUGAAGAAGUACAGGAGACCCCGAACAACGACAUGCAGGAAAGCUCGAGGCUCAACGGCCUGCCCCGCUCCUUUCUGAAGCGAUACUACGACGGCUCCUUCGAUGGCUUCGUGGGCCUCAUGGGAAGGAGAAACGCGGGACUCGAUGAGCCGUCACUGCCACAACAAAAAAGGGACAUGCACGACUUCUUUGUGGGGCUGAUGGGUCGCCGCAACUUAGAUACAGCAGAGGAUCCCACCCAGCUGAAGGAGGAGGCCGCUGCCUACCCGGACUUGAUGGAAAUCCUCUUUCCCCGCAAGUGCAAAGGCAGGUUUCGUCGCAGUGUGUAGGACCACCAAUGGGCACCUCCAGCGUGGACUCCUCACUCCCAGCAGAACGACUGCCGCGCCCCUUCGGUAAACCAGAAUCAUCGUGUUGUGUGGAACGAGGCCGUCGCUCGUCACCGCGGGCCUGGCACGAGGGUCACCAGAAGAGACACGGCCCCCCGUCCCACUCGCUUGCUUUCAUUUGCUCUUUCACUCGGCGGCUUCAGAUGAACGAGAAGCAACAAAGUUUUUUUUUUUUAUUUAAA